AUGGAGGACGCGAUCCCAGAGUGCACCGCUUUCCUCGGCCAGCUAGACGAGCAGGUGCACGAUGGCGACGAUAUGAUGGAGACUGGUGGGGUUCCCUUGCGCGAAACUACAGAGCAGAAACACGUGAUGGUCGUGGCAGGACAUCACUUACUAGUGAGGAGCGGGCAGAAAGAGGCUUGGAACAUGAUCAAGGGUGCGAGCCCCCUACUCGUGAUCAUCAAGCCGCCCGAGGACAUCUACAACAAGAAGCUCAAGGAGAAGAUCGGCAGGGACGUGGCGACCUCCAUGUCGGACAUGGCGACCCAGCAGGCGAUUAACGGCAGGUGCUUCUACUACGAGCAGGAGGAGAGCUCUCGAGAAUGGGACGACCAACUCACCCAGAAGCUGCGGCGACUUCCCGAGGUCUUAUCGGGGAAAGCUAAUGCACGAGGACGGGCCUGUUUGACCAACCUAUCUGGCCAGGCAUCAGAGUACGGGAAGAUGCUGAGCCAGGAGUUCGUGCAGGGCUCUCUGCAGAACAAGCUGGGGGGCGUGCCGAUACCCCUGCAGGAGCUUACUGGAGCUCUGGCACGAGCUAUCGUGAAGGCCAAGAUGAACGAGCUGGCGAUCGUCGAGACGAAGAUGGACGAAGACAAUUCAAGCUUGCAGCGUGCGUCUUGUUGUACAGCGCCCGUCUCCAACAACAAGGACGAGAGGGGCACGGAUCCUCAUGCCAAGCAGCAGGUACAGAAGAUACACGAGAACAUGGGUCACUGCAGUAACGAGAAUCUGGUGAUGGGUUUGAAGUGCGGCAAGGCUCGUCAGGUCUCUACCGAGUUCAACGACGUCAUCGGCAUGGACAUCUUCUUCGUUCUAGGUCCCGAGAACACCACCAAUGUGCCGAUGCUCAACAUCGCGUGUCACGGGGCGGGGAUCAUCGUGAUAGACGGCGAGAAAGGUUCUUCAACGGGCGAGUUUCCAGACGCAGCUGAAGGAGACGGCACCGAGGUGAAGGUGGCGAGCGCUACCUCGCCAUGGCAGGCAGGCAAGACUGAGAGGGCUGGGGGGACCUGGAAGGAGACCUUCUACCGCACAAGGCAGAAGUUCAACACCAAGAACUGGGACGACUUCUGCGAGCUGGUCGACUCAGUCAACGUGGCGAUUGCCAUGAAUGGGGGCACCGAGCUUGCCAGGAGCAUUGACAUGCGCAAGGCAGCCAUGGCAGCGUACAUCGAGGCGGAGUGCUCCGAGAACACGGUGUGGCGCUCGUACCAGGGUGGGCUACUGAAAUGCUCACCAGAACAGCUUCGACACGCCAUUGAGGGGGAGACAUCCGUCCGGGAGCAGAUCGACCACACGAUGAAGGAGGAGGUGAGCACCGAGAACCGCGGAAGGCGCAAGUACGAGGACCUGGCCAAGCAGCCCUCACCAGCUGAGGAGGACCAGGACGACGUACCUCAGACAGCACCCCCAGAGUCAGCAGGGGAUGAUCAACCAGCGGCCUCCCUGGAGCCACCGACGGUGGAGAUCGAGCACUCCUCCGAUGCGAAGACGAAGGAGGUCACGGAGAAGUCUCUUGUGAACACCUACAAGUACCAGCCGUACAUCUCAGCCAAGCGCAGGGAGUGGGGCAACAUACAGAAGGCGGGUGCAGUACGGCAAAAGCCCUUGCUCUGCAUGAGUGGCGACGACUGGAGGAUGGCCAAGGCGCGAUGGACCGUCCAGGGACACACCGACCCUGACCUAUCGGAGCUGGAGACCUACAGCCCAGUCGUGGGUAAGGAUUCGGUUUUCCUCAUCCUGCAAAUCUUGUGCACCCAUAAGUGGACGCUGCAGCUUGCAGACAUCACGUCGGCCUUCACAGCAGGAGACCCACUGGACAGGGACGAAGAGGGCUUGCGCGGCGUCAUGGGCCUUGCGGUGGACGACAUUGUGGGCGGUGGCGACCAGAAGUUCGAUGAGGCCUGCAAGAAGUUGCGUCAGAAGUUCCCCUUCGGGGCCUGGCGUCUCAAGAAGGGGGAGUACACAGGCAAGGAGUUCGACCAGAGCGACGACAACACGGAGAUCACCAUCACUCAACGCCAGAGCUCCGUCAAUAUUCAACUUAUCGACAUCGCCACAGAGAGGCGUAAAACGCCUCAGUCACCAGCGACGCCAGCAGAGCUGCAUCAGGCACGGAGCCUGCGCGGCUCCAUCUCCUUCCUGGCGCGGGAGAGUCGCCCCGACCUCUCGGGUCCUGUCUCUCUCGUGCAGGAAAAAAUGCCGAAUCUCACUGUGGGCGACUUGCUGGAAGCAAAUCGUAUCGGCCGCAUGGCCAAGGAGUUUUGCGACGUAACACUCAUGGUACGACACAUACCUUUUCACGAGCUCGCCUUCGCUGCCUUCAAUGACGCGGCCUGGGCCAAUGCACGGGAUGGGGCCUCGCAAGCAGGAUGCAUCGUGUUCGCUACGCAGCGUAAGAUCUUGAAGGGCGAAGCGGCCACCAUCUCCAUCCAAUCUUGGAAGAGUCACAAAUUGAAGAGGAAAUGUGCUCACCGGAUUGGUGCGGAGACGCUGGCCAUAUCGGAGGGUAUGGCUAUGGCGGAGCUCAUCAGGACUAUGCUGCUAGAGAUCGUAGACUCCGGGUUCGACCUGAUGCGUCCCUACCUACUCGCUGGUCGUUUCCCCGUCAUCAGUGUGACCGGCUCCAGAGGCGGUUACGAUCACGCUACCUAUCCGGAGGCGGGACUGGCGGAGGACAAAAGGGCAGCAAUCGACGUGGCCAUCGUGCGCUCAGCGAUGCAGCGGCCUCAAGUUCAUCUACGAUGGAUCGAGGGUACAAGUCAGCUGACCGACCCGCUCACCAAGCGCAAGGGCGAGAGCGCGUUACUUCGACAUGCCCUGGAGUUGGGCGAGUAG